CUGUGCCAACAGUUGGGGUUGAAGUUUCUUCACUUGUUCUCGGUGAUAAUGAGGCAAGGUUUCCCAGGAUACGCUCAAAGAGAACAGUAUGCUGUUGCGGUUCCGCCGCAUGUCCAGGCUGCGCCUAAAGUUGUUCCUCGCCUUCUGCGCGUUGGCGAGCCUCUUGGAAAUAUUCUACCUCCACCAGACUUUCCUUUCCUCUCUUGAUUCGAGCCUCUCGCCUCAAUUCGGACGACAACAGAUCUUCCUUGCCAGUACGCACUGGAACAAUGAGGCUAUCAUAAGGGGUCAUUGGAACGCGGCUGUACUCGAACUUGUGCAAGAAAUUGGCGUUGAAAACAUCUACAUAUCCAUAUAUGAGAGCGGCAGCUGGGAUGACACCAAGGGUGCGUUGAGAGAGCUCGACUUUGAGUUGGGACGACUUGGGGUAUCUAAAACAAUCAUCUUGGAUGAGACAACGCACAUCGAUGAGAUAGGGAAACCCCCUACAGCAUCUGGUUGGAUUGACACACCCCGUGGCAAGAAAGAAUUGAAGAGAAUUCCAUACCUGUCGAAAUUGCGGAAUUUGUCGCUGAAACCGCUUCACAAUUUGGAGAAGUCUGGCAUAAAGUUUGCUUAUGUUCUCUUCCUCAAUGAUGUCGUCUUUAAGGUCGGCCAAGCAGAUUUUCCUCACUAUCUUGCGGACAUUGAUGCGAUUCAGAUUGAUGACUAUCGAAAACUCCUGAACACGAAUGGUGGUAGCUAUGCAGCUGCUUGCGCCCUAGACUUUGCGAAGCCUCCUCACUAUUAUGAUACGUUUGCGCUUCGUGAUUCUGAUGGCGAGGAGCCUGUGAUGCAAACAUGGCCCUACUUCAGAUCUCGCGCGUCGCGACAGGCGGUCAUCGAGAACCGCCCUGUACCUUUGAGUAGUUGCUGGAAUGGUAUGGUCAUGAUGGACGCGACUCCUUUCUAUGAUCUAGACUCCCCCCUCGAAUUCAGAGGCAUCUCGGACGGCCUUGCAGAGAGACACGUCGAGGGCUCCGAGUGUUGCCUUGUUCACGCAGAUAAUCCGCUUACCGCCUCCAAAGGUGUAUGGCUUAAUCCUGAUGUGCGAGUUGGCUAUAGCGAGCCUGCAUAUGAAGCCGUACAUAGAGACUUUUCUUGGCUGACAAUGAGUGAAUUUAGCUGGGGAAUAUGGAAGAAUCGUUUAUUGCGAUAUACUACUACGACCUGGUUCAAGAAGAGGAUUGUUCUUGAUAGACUUCACGCCUGGGAACGAGAAACACCAAAACACCAAGAACCGGGCGCCCAUUGCUUGAUCAACGAAAUGCAAGUUCUUGUAUCGAACGGGUGGGCGCAUGUAUGAUCAUCAAAUUCUCGAGGGUGAAUUUCUAUACACCAUACCACCAGUGUAUUUGCGGAGCACCGCAAAACAUCAGCUGUUUUACGCAAAGAGUCUCCUCGAAGCACCUCACCGACUCUUGAGACAUCCC